AUGGUCGGAAUUUCGCCUGAUCCGGUUAAAGGAACUAUAACGUCAGGACAGUUCAUCAUGAAAAUUGAAGAACUAAAGCAAAACUACAAAUGGCCUGAGGUAAUGGUGUUGGUGGCUAUACAACACAAAUUGAAAGGCAUGGCAAAGCUAUGGCUAGAUGCGCAACCAGUGCAUAGCAGCUGGUCGGAUUUCGUGCAGGCAUUUUAUGUCGAUUUUCCGACUGGGUACUAUACGGCUGAAGUACACAAAACGAUGGCUAAACGAAAACGCAAAUUCAAUGAAGACUACGUUGAGUUUUACUAUGCUAUGGUAACGAUGGGACGACAAGGUGCGGUGGAUGAUUUGUCGAUUAUCACACAUAUUAUCAGCGGGCUAAAUGAUAAUUCAUUAUCAAAGACAUUGGCAGCAAUACGGUUUAAAUCAAGCAGCGAAUUAUUGACAGCGUUAAAAAAUUUAAAAGCGACAAACAACCCAGUAGUAAUGAGUAUGGGUACAACUCCUACCCAGCAGGUUACAAAGGUGGACAGCAAGGUCAACGCAAGACUCCAGGGCAAAUUAGCGGCCAAGUGUUCACAACCACAACGCAAACCGCGGAGUACCUCAUGUUCGAAGCUUGCGGACGAAGGUACACGCAAUGAGACUACGCCAGUAAUGAAAAUAAUUGAAGUAGAGGGCAAGCGGUUCAACGCAUUUAUUGACACCGGUAGUGGAUGUUCAUUCAUCAGGAAAACUGCAGCAAAUAGUAUGCAGGCAAUUAGUGUGCAAAAACGAUUUAUUGGUUUUGGCGGGUGCAAGGUGGAAGCAUCUGAGAAAGUCGAAGACAACACCGUGAUGGAAAAGGUGCAACGGCAGGCGACCUUGUAUAUUGUUGAAGACCAAUUACUACCUUAUGACGUUUUAUUGGGUCGCGAUGUACUACAAGAGUAUGGCUUUCGUAUAGUUGUAGACGACGGGGUCUACCAAAUCAACGAAGGCGAAGACAACUUCAACAUAUCUAAAGAGCGAGAAGACAUAUGUGAUAUUGGGCGGUGCAAAGGCAUCGAGAUGUCAAUUCAGGUCACGGCAGAUAAGCCAAUUGUAGGGAAGCGAUACCAGGUCCCGUUCGCGCAGAGGUCAACGUUAACAGACAUACUGCGUAAGUUACUAGACUGUGGUAUCAUAAGGUCUAGCAAUUCACCACAUGCAGCAUCAGUUUUAUUGGUGAAGAAGAGCAACGGGGAAAGUCGCAUGUGCGUCGACUUCCGCACCCUAAACGAAGUGACCGUGAAGAAGAAUUACAUCAUGCCAGUGGUGGAGGAGCAGCUUUCACGCUUAGCCGGAAACAAGUAUUACACCACUUUGGACAUGACGUCGGGCUAUUAUCAGGUUCCAUUAGCAGAAGAGUCUAAGCAAUACACGGCGUUUCUGACGUCUAAUUUCUUGGACAUAUCAUCAAUCGCGACGGUAUAA